AUGCAAUCGCUGAAAGACAAGCCGCAAUUUCUGUCGCAGGAUGGCGAGCAAGAAGAGCUCGAAGAUGGGCUGAAAGCGUGGGGGUACAUGCCUGGUCAUGUGCACUACAAGGUAGGCGGAGUGGAAGAGAACGGUCCCCGAAAAGACUCACCGACAGAAAGCUCCGUUACGACGGAUGUUCUCGAGAAAGUCCUUUCAGCCGUUCCGCCAAGAUCAAUAACGGAUGCAUUUGUUAACCACUUCCUCAAUGUCGUCAACUACCGCUACACUGCAAUAUACGGGCCAACAUUAGCCGAGCAGUAUGUCCAAUGGUGGGCAGAUCGCGGUGCCGGCAAGCAACUUUCUCCAGAGUUCACCUGCCUGCUCCUGAGGAUAUGCGCCUACUCAGUGCAGUACCUCACACCCGCGCUCCGCAAGAUGAUUGAGUUUGAGUUGGCUUGCAACUGCCAGACUCUGACGGACCGGUUCUCCGACGCAGCAGAAGAGCUAAGCCGGAGUUUUGGAGCAGCGAGAACAAGCGUUGAGCGCGUGCAAGAGCUGUUUUUGAAGUGCGUUUGGUUGAAGGCCGAGUCCAAGAUCGUGGAGUCGUGGCAUGCGCUUUCGCGCACGAUUCGGGAAGCGCAAGAGCUGGGCAUCGAUAAGGACGGAGGUAUCGAAGGCCUGUGUGAAUUCGAUAUAGAGAUCAGAAGACGUCUCUGGACGUUGCUGUACAUCUGGGAUUGGCAAAUGUCAGCAUGGCUCGGCCGUCCAAACCUCAUCGAUCAAAAGAAUCUCGACUUCAAGUUCCCCAAUCUACGGCUCGACAAGUCGACCACGGAGCCAAACCUACUAUCACCCUUCGCACACAUUGCCCUUCAAGCAACCCUCGGCCGUAGGAUCGCCGCUACCAUGGGGAAUGCCCAAUCUGAACACGCCCUCUCGGACGAGCAGGUCUUGGCAAUAGAAGCGGAAUGCGAAAAGUUCAUCGAGGAGCUACCCCCGAUUUUCCGCUUCACAGACCCCGACACAUCGUUCGAUGAGUCCCAUCCCUUCUUCGUGUUCCAACGCUGUCAGCUACAUUGCGUCAUCUUCGUGACGAUGCUGAACUUCUUCAAACCCUACCUGACCCGAGAACGGCGAGACGCGAUAGCCGACCAAGACGACGAGUUCCGGAAGAAAGGCGUCGACAUCGCGUUGCGUCUACUGAAAGUGGCACGUCAGCUCUUCGACCACGAGUUCCCCAUCAACGCGAAGUUCCACAUGGUGGUGUUCGCGAUCUUUGACACGGCGACCUUACUCUGCUCGGCUAUUAUCCACGACCGCGAACAUCUCCUACCUCAUCGCGAGGAAAUUUUCGAUGCAAUCGAAAGCUCGCUAGAUAUGCUGCAUCAACUCAGUGGGACGACGAAACUAGGCGCUACAUCGUACAACUUCCUCUUCAAGCUCGUGCAGGCCACACCAGAGCUCUCGCGGUACUCAUCGGCUAGCAAGCGACAACGACAGACUUCUUCCUCGGUACCCACGACGACACCGCCGGUGCCGGCGCACGAGCCUGCGCCUGUAGCGGUGAUGCCACCGGUGAAGAACACAGCGCCACCGGAGCCGACUGCUGCGCCGAUGGUUUCCAGUGCUGCUGAUCUUCCGUCGAUGACCAUCUCGGAUGAGCUGUCCUUCGACAUCGAUCAGUUUCUCGCUCAAAAUCCCUUUGGCACGGUCGGCGAUCCAGCUGCAGUCGAUAUGGGUGGCAUGGAGCAGAUCUGGGACUGGCAGGAUCUGCAUAUAGAUGUUUACGCGCAGGGAGAGCCGGAUGGCUGGAACGCUACUGGUAAUGGCUCUUGA